AAUAAUAUAAAGAUAUACUUUAAAGAGCUCUCUUUCUUCCUUUCUUUCUCCUCUGUGUCUCCAGUUCCUUCUUUUAUAGGUCUACUUACAACCUUUUAGGAGUUAAUCCUAAUAAAUUCAGUGGAUUACUUACACACAUUCAACAUUUCAGCAAAAUAAUUACUUAUAAAAAAUAUCAUUUAAAGAUAAUUAGUGUCUCUCACUCUUUUACUCUCUUUCCAUCCUUCUUUAUGUCUCUGUUUUCUCUUUCUCUCAGUUUUUCCUUGCCACAUGCCCCCAUUUUCUUUCUCUCUCCCUUUUCCUCUCUGUUUCUAAAUCCAGCUUUUACAUUUAUGUAUAUAUAUUAAUGCUUAUAUACUUAUAUUUAUGCAUAUAUACUUAGAUAUGUAAUUAAAAGUUCAUUCUAAUUGAUAUAAUGAUUUGGUUUCCAGGGGUUAGUGGUUGGGGGGUGAGGGUUCGAAUCUUGCCUCUGCCUUGUGUGCGCUGAGGUUGCGUGUUCUCCCUGUGCUUCAGGGGUUUCCUCUGGGAACUCCGGUUUCCUCCCCAGUCCAGAGACAUGCGCUGUAACCUGAUUGGCAUCUCUAAAUUGUCUGUAGUGUGUGAGUGUGUGUGUGAUUGUGCCCUGUGAUGGGUUAGCACCCUGUCUAGGGCGUCCCCCGUCUUGUGCCCCGAGUCCACUGGGAAAGUCUCCAGGCUCUCCGUGACCCUGUGUCGGAAAAGCGAUACAGAAAAUGGAUGGAUGGAUGGAUAAUGGUUUGGUUUCCGAAGUGUGAGACGAAUUCAGAAAUGUUAUUUGUAACUAUACUAAUCUUAAUUCCUGUUUUUUUUUUACUUUUAUGAACACACUUCUUCUUUUGAGAAGAAAAUGUCCAACUGAACCUUCUCACACUUCAUCAGGUUUGAUGUAAAGUGUUCCUGAUGGCCAGUACACGGAUUUCAGAGCGCUUGCCGCCGCUCACUGACCCGUCUCGCGCUCCGGUGGCGUUCGGUAAGCGCGCGCUCCCGAAGCUGAUGACAGAGCUGCAGGCUGAGGAGCGGAAAAUCCGCCAGGGGGCGCUGUGUUCCCUCUGUGACCUGCUGCACGACCCGGAGCGGGCAUACGAGGCCCUGCAUCACGGUUGUUUAGAGAGACUGAAGAUGUUGCUGAAGGAUGAGGACGGCGUGGUGAGGACGAAAACGACUGAGGUGCUUUAUCAGCUGGUCACACACAGCGUGGGGAGAGAGGCCGUUCUGCAGUGCGACGCGCUCGGGCCUCUGUCAGAGCUUUUAGACGAGCCGGAGGACGCCUGCCGUGAGAACGUGCACCGCGUGUUACAGAUGUUGUCCGAGUUUCCUGCAGCUGUGGUGCGUAUGGUGUCUCUGGGGCUGGUGCCGAGGCUCGUGAUGAAGGUCCCGGUGGAGCGCGAGAACAUCAGGGAGCUCGUCCUGUCCACGCUGAGCUGCUGCAUGAGACUGGACGCUCUCCCCGCUCUGGCCAGCGACGCCGUGCCCGUCCUGAAGGAGCAGCUGCACCACCCGUCCACACACAUCCGCCGCGCCGCCUCCUCCGCCACCAUGGCCAUCAGUGUCCCUGCGGAGGGGAAGGUGAGGGUGUGUGAGGAGGAGGUUGUCCCCGUGUUGGUGAAGCUGCUCUCUGACGACGACUCGGAGGUCAGAGCCAACGCUGCCGGAGCCCUGAUGUACACCGCCGUCAUCACCCGAGGUAAAUAUCAGGCUCUGGAGGCCGGCGCCGUUCCUCCUCUGCUGUGUUUGGUGGACAGCGAGGACGUCGCGUCGUGUGCUAACGCUCUCCGCGCGCUCACUUGUCUGGCCGAAGCCCCGAGCGGCCGAGCACGACUGAUCCACAACCUGCCUCAGCUGGAGGCGCGACUCAGCCACCCCGCCUCCGUCGUCCAGAAAGCCGCAGCCACCGCCAUCCAGGUCAUCUCCUGGACCCCCUGAGAGCGAGCGGAAGGAGCGAAUUUGAGCACACAGACAAAAAAAAAACAAAAAACGCAUUAAUAAUUAAACUAUUUAACAUAAUGGAUCAAAAGCAAGCAUUUUUUUUGUUCUCUGCUGUGUGUUUGCUUAAAGCUAACUCCUUUUGAAUAGCUAGGAUUGUUGUUUUGGGGCAAAUUUCUGUAUUACAAUUCUGUGUUGAUUCAGGGGCGGGGCUACACAUGAGUUCGGUUAGUGAUGUCACACCAUAAGCUCCUCCUCCUUCCUUUGGACCAAUCACAUCCAAUAUCCAAAUUAUUACAUUAUGAAAAAUAAGCUGGAAACGUUUAGCUGCAGAAUCUAGCUAGCUAUAGUACAUAAGCUAGCUAGCAUUAGUGAUGAACAAAAUCCUGGUUGUCAUGGUAACAUUAUAUUUCGACAGGUUUGUUUGUUGUUGAACAAAUCAGUGAAAAAUUUACACAAAUCGAUACUGAAAUCACACUCGUGUGGCCCUGUGGCCAUGACGCAGGCCGGCGUGGGGGCGUUCCCAAUUUUGCAUACUCAUGUUUAUUCAUAUGUGCUGGCAUUGUUAAUGAGGGUAAAGGUGUAGGAGGCGUUAGUCCUUCUUUUGAAGUUUAUAAGUACGAAAAACAUUAAGAAUGCAUUAUUAUAUUUAUUAAAGUAGAUAGAAGUAUUACUUUUAGAUCUAUUUUUAUUCUUCAUAAAGGGUGCCAGUCAACAAAUAAGAUUAAAAAAAAGUAAUAAUAAACAUACAGAGCAUAACAUCCUACGUGCCUGCCUAUACGUCAUGAAUAUUCAGUAACGCCUCAGCGUAGGCCACGCCCCAACC